GGCCUGCGAACGACAAAACAACGAAGGGACAACAACAAAUACAAAUAAAUGCACGCGGCAAACAAGUAUAUAAAGACCGCCAGAGAGAGUGAGAGAGAGAGAGAGUGUGUGUGUGUGUGCGAAAGAUCAAAGAAAAGGGCAGUGGUGUAUAUCUAUAUAUAAAGGGAUGACACUGCUCUGCCUAUUUUAGGGUGUUUGUUAUCUUGUUCUCUUUGGUCUCCCAAAAGGCGCAUGCCUCUUGAAAUGCGCGUUUCCUACUGAUUCUUACAUAUUAUUAUGAUUAUUAUUACCCUUGGAAACUACUCUAGCGGGCGAUAUCAAAUUUUGAUUUUUGAUAUCCGGGCUGAUAUUGAAUGAUUGAAAGCUGGAGGGCCAUUCUAUUCACUUUUUGGCCCGGUGUUCUGCACUACUACUCGAUUGAUACCCAAUUUUGCCGGCUCAUCGGGGGGUUCCUGCUCUCGUAUCUGGACUCUGUUCGACCCAUUCACAUAGCAAUACGGUGAUAGCAAUCUGAAUUAUCACGUCAAGCGAAGAAAGAGGAGGGGUUCAGACCUGGUUACGCAGAAGAGGGAGCCGGUUGAGGAACUUGUUCUGUUUUGUCGUCGUGAAUGAAAGAAGGGAGAGCGCGCCAGGAUAAGGGCAGAAAGGCCUUUACGAUCGCCUUCCCUAUAUCACCAUCACCAAGCCACUAUCAAAUCCACGAGUAGAGUUCGAUUUCUAGCAAAAGACAGACCUUUGGUUCUCCAGGACUUUUGAAAGUGAAGCUGUCUGGAUUUACGCUACACCUAUUACUGCGGGGCUCAACUCGACCGUCCCUCCUGGGAGUAAAAAACUUCACUUCUUCCUUGCGGCAGGCGGGGAAGCUUUGAAUUGAUUCAUUCAGCCUUCGACGGAUUCAAGAACAUUAGAACCGUUUCAAAUACUUCUAUCAAGUUCAAUCAGCCAUCAUUGUUCAUUCAACAACUACUCCUGUGUUGCCCUAUUGCUCCGUCAAAUUGCGAAGCAUCAAUCGUCAGAGUAUUUGCUCUUUGAAGCACUUUCUUGCAUGAACACUACCUGGAUAUCUUUGAGCUGGUCUUAUUAUAUCCAAACAGAGAAGGAAAAAAACAUCUUUGCAGCCUUAUAAAGACUUUUCUUUGUCCAAUUACCCUUUAUUAUUCCCUCAUCUAUCUAUUUCCUCCUUCUUCCCUGGUUGAGACACUCUCAUCGCCAUCCCUCUGCUCUUCUCCUUUCCCAGAAAGUAUCAAUCUUCUACGAGCCGGGUACAACUGCAAUUCCUCUUACAACCAUCUCUCCCUCUUCAAUAUCUAUCUCCAUCUCAACUAUACUCUGGUGUGGAAACAACGUUCCUAGAAGAACAGUGUCUCAGAUUACAAUUGCAAUUGCAUUGAUCAGCUCUCUGAAAAUCCUAAACAUAUAUUUAUAGAGCUCCUCCUGAAUCUAUUUUUUAAGAAAAAUGACUGGUCGCAGAGCUACUUCUCUCCGUUCGGGCUCCCGUGCUCAGAGUACUCGUCCAACUCGAGCAGCCGCUACUGCGAACGCUGCAACUGCUACUCAGGCUGAUCAGUCAAACCCCGACCUGGGCAAUCCAUCUCUUCCAGACGUCCGCACCCAGCAGUCCUUCGCUUACGGUUCCAGCAAAACUCCCGCACUUCCUCGCCAGCUUGAAGUUGAUCCUUCUAUGGGAUUGUCCGAGAUGGUCGAUACCCUCGAUGACGGCUUGCGUCAAGCUCAAGACCGCGAACUAGCUCGCGUUGAAGAUCCAAGAAAUCCCAGUCCCGAAAGGCGCCAGACUCGCUCAAUGAGUCUAUCUAUGCGCUCCAGUAUGUCUCCAGCACCUGAACCUGCCUCCCGCAGAACACCAUCUCGCAGAACCACAGCAACACGCGGCAGAGCAGGUUCUCGUAGAGCUGCCUCACGCCAGCCGACGCCGGAAGGGCAACUCCUUGAAUCUCUCCGUGAAGUAUCUGAAGAAACGGAAAAUGUUAAGCAAGAAGAAGAAGAGGCAUAUACCUCCACCCUCCCUGAUACCCCAUCAUUCAACGAUUCCGCAAGCAUCAGCUGGACAACUGAACGUGCCAUUCAUGGCACCUUGCCGCGGGAAGUCAAUACUGGAACUCGCCCAAACUAUUACCUUCGCGACCCUUACGGUUCCCGACCUUCCAGCUCGCAGGGACCUAGCGGUCUAAGCUUUCCCCCUACUCGUCGUCCUAUAUUUGAAGAAUCAUUUCCCGCCAAUCCUCAUCUCUCAGGCCCAGUUGAUGCUUCACGCGCUGCCGCACCCACAGCUGUCAGAAGGACGCUCCCACCUGUUCCAGCGUUUAACCAGCUACGUGAUGAGCCUCGUUCCAAAUCAACAACUUCUUCUACGUCGUCCGCUUCGAACCACACCCCGAGUUCCUCUACACACUCCUCUCCUGUCUUCGUCGCCGCCACCCCUGCAGCUGCCAAUGUCACCUCCAGCCAAAAACGUCUUGCAGGAAUUGCCAAAACUCCAUCAGCCAUUCUAGUCAUAAUCGGUCUUUUCCUCACGACAUUCCUCGCUUAUUUCUGCAGAAACCACGCCUGCGCGUUUCCACACAGUCUACAAACAACGAUGUCCCACUACUUAUGUAGGCCGACUUCCUCAUUUACAAUGGAUAACUCAACCUCCAUGUACGCUGACGCAUUCCACAAGCUCUCCUCUCACGUCGACCAGCGACUGUUGGACAUGGCCAAGGACGUCGCCACUCUGAAAAAUGAGUGGAACAGAAGACUACCACACCUCAAGGAAGCGCUAAGCAGGUCUCCUGCGGCAGCGACGGAUCCUCUGGCACCACCAAAAGUCAAUUACGCCUCGGUUGGCAUGGGGGCAGUGGUCGACCCGUACCUCACCAGCCCAACGAUGUCAACAUCGGCUGGGCUUGUUAGUCGGAUUGGUCAGUACCUUGCAAAGGUGCCCCGCGGGUCCCCACCGGUUGCCGCACUCCAGCCAUGGGACGGCGUCGGAGAAUGCUGGUGCGCUGCAACACGGUCCAAUGUUUCUCAACUGACUAUUCUUCUCGGACGACCGAUCGUCCCUGAAGAGGUGGUCGUCGAGCACAUCCCCAAAGGUGCAACCUUGGACCCUGGCAGCGCGCCACGAGAGAUGGAGCUGUGGGCCCAGUACACAGCCCGUCAGCCCGCAGCUGCAGCAGCAGCCUACCCGCCAGGCUCCAGCUCGUCAAAUCCUCCCUCAUCCCCUUCCUCCGCCCCGGGCCGUCCCCCCCCACCACCCUAUACUCCUCCCUAUCUCCGUUCCCCGCCAAUAGCCCACCUCCACCCCUCCCAUUCCCUCCACUACCUCCUCCCCUCCCGGCUACGGGACGCCAUCCUCACCACCCUCCGGCAGGUGUAUCCGGACGAGCCGACGACAGCGUAUUCGGAAGACGCGCUCCUCGGACCCUCAUUCUUCCGCGUUGGCCGGUGGCAAUACAACAUCCAUGGCGACCAUCACAUCCAGCGCUUCGAGUUGGAUGCUGUCAUCGACAUGCCGGCCGCGCGUGUGGAGAAGGUCGUGUUCCGCGUUAAGUCCAACUGGGGCGCGGCGCAUACGUGUCUCUAUCGCGUGAGGCUGCAUGGACAUCUAUAGAACUGGGAACUAUGGGUUGUGGUGGAAAUGGCUUUCCUCCGGCUAGUGAGUGAGUUUGUACGGGUUGGCAUGAAAGGGGGUUGGUUGUAUCACAUGUCGGUGUUCGUGUACGCAGAGCUUGGUGUUUCUGGGUUCAUGAAGGCGUCUUUUUCGUCUGGGUGGUGCAUUAGUGGGCCCCUUUUUCGUGUCUGGAGUUUUGGGCUUGAUAAUUAAAAUGGCGUGAAUGUGAGCGGUUUCUGGGUAAUGUACUGGGUUCUCGUUCGUCGUCUAAUUGGCCUGAUGGGAUUGUGCUCUUUUCCAGUUUUAUUUUUUCCCUUUCCUCUCCUCCUUAUGUUCGUUGCUUGUUUCCUGUAUAGAGCUGCAUAGCAAGUUUCCUUUUUCCUUUUCAUUUUUAUUUCUCUUACUAUUUAUUGGACUUUUUAUUUUAUUACUUAUCUAUUUUUUCUUUCUUCUUAGCGGCCAAUGGACAUAUUUAUUUGUCAAUUUCCCACCGUUCAUUCAUUCAUCUAUCAGAAAAAGCAUUGAUCUUCUAAUUCAUAUGUAUUAACAUUAUCGUCCGUUGGCUGGAAUUCGAGCGGUUGAAUAUUCCCUUCCUCCCCCCGGUGUCUCUCUAUAUCUCACAUCAACAUGAAACAUACAAGUCGGAUCCUCUACACUCCAAUAUCCCACGAGAUCGUAUGGGAGCGGGAAAACCACCAUCCAGUCAAUUUCGCCGUGAAACUUCGCCAGUAUGACGACAAGAUCCGGUGGCCGCUCAAGGAGGUCGAAGGCUAGGCCCCAGACCGCCGCCAGGGCCCGUAGACACCGCAUCGGAUACUCGGACGCAGCAUCUCGUAUCGUGAGGAACUGAACGAGACUGGGAUCCGUCGCGUUCAAUGCGUCGCUAGUCUUGCUAGCACGGGAUGUGGGUAGUGUAGGAUUCCGCUAGGCGCAUGAGGGUAUCGUAUCUCCACUCCACUCCAUGAUCUGUAAGGCGGGAAGAAAACAAGACAAUAAAACAUGUAGAAUAACCGAGGAAAAUAGCACAUAUAGAUAAGCACAAGCAUACUUUUCUCAAUCCUCCCCAGCUUCCAAAAGUCCCUCACUGUCGCCGGGAAGUCAUCCUCCCAAGAACCAUCACCACCACCACCACCACCACACGCCGGAUCCCGUGGUGGAAUCCUUACAAUCAACCCAGACAACGCCCUCACCCACUGAUUGACCAUCACAGCCCGAACAGCAGCAACCUCACGCCUGCAACACGCAACAUCCUCCCUCACCCCACAAAGCUCCCUCCGCCCCUCCGCCUCGAAAACAUCCGUGUGCGUCUGCAUCUGCGUCUGCGUUGUCCUUGGUGGUACUCCCCGCUGCUCCACCACAAGCGCUGAAACAGCAGCCACAGCCCUCUUCACCGCGCCAAGCUCUCUAAACACAUCCUGCUUCGCGGCGAUUUUGUUCAGGAGCGCAUCGAUCUUCCUGUGGACGCGGACGGAACCCCGCAGCCUUACGUCCUUCCAAGCUGCAGGGUUGCCAUGUCGUGCAGACAUAGAUAGCCAGGUCCAAUGUCGUCUGUAAGGAGAUGGCAUGCUUUAACGGCUUUCCUGCAGCAGCAGGCAUAUAUAUAUGUAUACUUUAGAAAAGGAUUCGAUCCGCUUAGCCAUUAUAUAUAUGUAGAGGCUAGUUAAGGGAAGGCAAAACAAUAGAAUUGAAAAUACAUCAA